CUUCGAUCAGGAAAACAACAUGAGGGUUCUGGUUGUACUGGCAGUGGUGGGAGUGUGCUCGGCUGUCCCCUUCAUCCAGGACACGCCCGAAGUGCAGGCUGAGAAAGCGCGGUUCUUCCAAAGCUUCCGUGCUGCUCAGGCUGCUGCCACUCCUCAGCAGGCCCUCCAGCGCCCCUCGCCCGCCGUCCAGCCCCAGUGGUAUGGACCCGUAGCUGCCACCGUCCCCGCCGGCGUGGACGGCACCAUCACGCCCGUGUCCGACACCCAAGAAGUGGCCGCCGCCCGCAACGCCUUCCUCAACGCCUACAACGCACAGGUCAGGGCCACAGCUGGUGCUGCGCCUGCCGGUCCUUCCUUCGCCCCCGCCUACAGCCCUGCUCCAGCGCCUCCUGCCGCCCCCGUGCAGGCCAAGUGGACCGGCCCCGUGGCAGCCACCGUGCCCGCCGGACUGCCAGGCUCCGCCCCGCAGGUCGCUGACACCGCCGAAGUCGCAGCCGCCAAGCAGGAGUUCUUCAACACGUACCAGAGGCAGGCGGCAGCUGCGGCGCCUCCUUCGCGCAACUACUUCUAAAAGAUCUUAAUUUAUGAGAGGAAAUAAAU